CGAACAGAAGGGACUGUUAGAGUUGAGUUUAACAUAAAUAAUCCUAUAUUGAUUGAUCACAACAAUGAACCACCAUUAGUACCAUAUCGAAUCCCAAUUAUUGGACAUACGUAUAGUUUUCUAUUUGACGCUGAAAAUUUCCUCAGAAAGUGUAGGGAUAAGUAUGGUGAACCAUUUAGCUUAUUUGUCUUUGGGAGCGUAAUAACUUUUACAGGGGUUGAAACCUCUCCUGAAGUCCUAAAAAAUGCAGACGUUUUUGAUUUUCCUGCGGCAAUAGACAAGAUAUUUCCAAUAAAUCAGAUGUUAUCAAGAUUCAAGAAAUUUGACCAAGAUGACUCAAAUGAAUAUCUUUCUCGAGUAGUUUAUGAACAGAUGAGCGGUAAAAUUAACUUAUAUACACCAAGAGUACAAAAAGAACUUGCGUUUGGAAUUGAAAAAUAUUUUGGCAAUUGUGAAGAGUCCAAAGUUUUCAAAAACAUUAGUAGUACAUUAUCACUAAUAAUCGCCAAACCUGUUGCUAAUGUUUUGCUUGGUGAAGAAGCUGCCCAAUUUGAAGAUAUUAUAGAAUCAUUUUCUUUAGCUGAAAAAGAUUUAUUCAAACUUGCUCUUAUUCCUCCUUUUGGUUGGAAUCCGCUUAGUCGACACAGAGAUCUUUUUAUCAAACGAUUUAAAUCAGUUGUUGAAGAACGCGUCCGUCAAAGAAUGGAACUUGGUGAAAAAUAUAUUCAAAAGGAGGAUUUACUUGACUUCUAUUUAAGUGAACCAAAUUAUAAAACAGAUGUCGUGGAUGAUCAAUAUGUGGAUGAUUUAUUUGGUCAAAUCUAUACGAUAGUUUUUUCUUCGAUUAAUACAACCUCUAAAGCUCUUACAUUUGCGCUUUUUGAUUAUGCUGGAAGACCCGAGUUAUGGGAUGAAAUCUACGAAGAACAAUUAAAUAUUCAUAAUGAGUCAAAUGGUAAUUUAAGCAUUGAGGAUGUUAAUAAAAUGGUAAAGUUGGACUGUUUUAUAAAAGAAUCGUUUAGACAUUCUAUCGAUAUAGCUCAAUUACCACAUAUCAUGACUGAUAAGUCAUAUACAUUUAAUAACGGAGCCACUAUACCCAAAGACCGUGAGGUUUAUAUCUAUAUGAGAGAUACUGCCUUUAGUAAGGAACUCUUUGGAGAAACAGCGAAUGAAUUCCAACCAAAGAGGCAUAUAACUUCAAAUUCUAAUGGCAAAAUUGUUCACUCGCAAGCUACAAAACUUCAUAAAUCUUCUCUAACUUUUGGUGGCGGUAAACACGCAUGUCCUGGUAGAUUUUUUGCUGUUAGCGAAAUUAAGAUAUUUUUUCACAUGUUGAUUUUAAAAUAUAAAAUUAGAACUGAAAGUGGCAGAAUUGAUCCUUGUAGAGUAAUAUCUUCUCUUACUUUGCCACCUAAUUCUGGUUUAAUUUUUGAAAAUCAUAACUAG